AUGAACUUCGAUCUCGACGACCCCUUGGAAGGAUUACUGAGCGAUGGCAGUAACGAUAGUUUGUUUGGAAAUGAAACCGCCAAGAAGGCGGCUAAGCCAAGCAAGCCCAGCAAAAUGGAAGAUUUGUUCGGUAUCAAAAGCAACGAGGCUACAAAAGGAUCUACCUUUGCCAAAAGUGCCGAGCCAGGCACUAGUUCUAUCGAUAAAAUUCAACCAGUUUCGUUGGACUACACGAAACCUACAGCUUCAUCGGUACAACAACCAUCGAGUCUGUCGAGUGUGCCCAGUAAAAAGGCUGAUACCCCGAUCAGAAAGCAGGAACCGACAGCUGCAGCCAUGAAACCCAGCACACCGCAGAAGAAAGAAAUCUCCUUCGAUGAUGGCGACCUCCUGUCGGACUUGGGUUUCGAUCCAAAGAAACCGAAAUCUAAAUCCAGCAUCCUGGAUGAUAUUCUCGGCGGUUCGUUGGUGGCAUCGACGAAAGAAAUUCCGGCUAAAAGUGUGCUUGCCAAACCCCGCCACAGUCUCACCACUACCAUGGCGGAGCCGGCCGCGGUGGGGAAAACCAUUUCCCGUCAGUCUACCGAAACUUCCGAUAACCAACCAACGGAGUCCGGCGGGGUAAUGGGUGCUUACGCACCAUCCGGUUCCGGUGCCUCGGGUGCCGCACUUCCACGGCGCAGUGGGCGAAGACAGUCUUCCGUCUCGACACUUAACGAUCCUUUGGGACUGUUUGCGUCGACGAGCGAAGAUAAAUCGACACGCCGCGAAUCAAAACAGCUCGGGAAGAAAAGCGGUGCCGACUGGUUGGGUUUGAAUGACGAUGGUGCUUCCCUCGAAGCGGAUCCGGUUCCGGUGCUUACCGUCCCGGCAGCAAAGCAGCCAGAAAAAUCAGCACCUAACGUAUCGCCUGCCACUGUUGCGAAAGUGCAUGAAGUGAUACCCGAUCACCCAGCACAAGUAAUUCCUAAGCAGCCUGAGGCUGUUAAGCCUCAACCUGUCAUCCCUCCGAUCGUGACGGAUCCGAUCGUUACCGUUGCCCAACCAUUCAGCACCUCGUUACAAUUGGUCGAGGCGGAAACGCAGAAUGCGCUGGCUGCCAUGUUGCAGCAGGAAUUCCAGCUUUCCGUUGCGGGUCAGUUGAAAAACCAAGAGCACGCAUUGCUUGAUAUGCAGCAGAAACAGCAGGCCAUUCUCCGCCGGCAGGAGGCACAAUUCAACGAGCUGCUCCAGAAACAAAUGCAACGUCACAGUGCACUCGAGGACAUGCUUACGAAGCAGCAGCAGCGAAUCAACGCCAACAUUCAGCUCAUCAUGAGCCAACCUGUGACGAUGGCGACAACGUCUUACCCCCCGGAACACCACCCACCGCACGCCCCAGAAAAGGAUCCGGGAGAAUCGCCCGAAGAAGAUCCCGGCGCGAAAGUGGAGCUGCAAACGGAUGUGAAGCGCUUGGAAAUGGAAAAGCUUCGACUGGAAGACCUGCUCGCCAACCUGGCCGCGAACCACGAGCAAGAGCUGUCCCUGCUCGAGUCGAGCUACAAAAAGCAGGCCAGCUUUCUCGAGGACAGCAUGAAGAUAAUGGAGGUGAGGUUGCGGAACGACACCAAGCAGUUGGAGGAAUUCUACAAGGCCAAAGUCGACGCUCUCGAGCAGGAGAAACUAAAGCUCGUUCAAAUGCACGCAGGAAAGGUACGCGAGAUAGAGGACAGUCAUCAAAAAGUGAUCGAAAAAAUGAAACAAACCUACGAAGAAAACCUCGAACAGCUGCGGCAGGAUCACCGGGAGAUGAUUGGCAGCAUACGUGAGUCGAAGAUGCUGGAAUUUUCCGCCGUGCAGGAAAACCAAUCGUACCUCCAGGCGCUGAGAAGUGCCUCCAGCUAUCUGGAGAAUGCGUCCGGAGACAUUCAGCAGCUUCGGGACACGCUGCAGGAUCAGAUUGAAUUCGCCCAGAAGGAGAAGGAGCGGCAGCUGGAGGCACGCGAAAAGCAGGUCGCCGACCAGCAGAGACUCAUCGAGCGGACGCGUGAAGCGGCGGCCGAGGAGAACGUCCGCAUGCUGAACCUGAUCGAAAUGCUCGAAAGUAAAGUGACCGAGAUGACCAAAGCAUCCUCUGAGGAGCGAUGGGAGUUUCAACAGAAGUUUGUAAAACUUGAAGCCGAGCGCCAGGGUUUUGAAAAGGAGAAACAGUUCCUGCGCGAGCGUCAGCAGCGAGAGGAAGACCGGAUUGCGGAGUUGAAACAGAUGCAGCUCGAAGAACACGCUCGUCUGAUGGACAAAGUGAACCAAGAGCGCCAGACGCUGCUGGAAGAGCGGGCGAAGCUGGAAACGAUGGCUCAGCUGCAGUCGAAAUCACUUCCGGUGGCCGGCGGGGGAGGGUCUCGGGUGGAAGUGGAAGCGGCCCUCAAAGUCGCGGAGGAAGCCGCCCGGCAGGCCGACGUGGAGAAGGAACGCUAUCUACAGCUUCAGCGUCAGUUCGAGGCAAAACGGCGCGAGUUAAUGACGCGCGAAAGCAAACUGAGGGAAAGCACGGACGAAAUGGAGUCCGCAAUCGAACGGGCGCGGCUGAGGGAACGGAACGCCGAAAACGUGUACCGGAGCCUGCGCCGAGCGGAACAGAAUGUGCAGCUGAAGGUGGAGCUGGUGCAGCGUCAAUUUCGCGAGGUUUCGGAACGGGAGGACCGGUUGGCGAAGGACAAGAUCGAACUGAGCAAGGAACGGCUGGAGCUGCAGGCCACCCGAAGGAAGCUGCAGCAGACGCGCUGUAGUUUGUGCAAAAUCGGCGAGAAGUCGCAGGAAAUCGGCGAACUGCUGACGACCAACACCGACUCGGUGGCGGACGAUCUGAAACUGGAGGCGAACUUUGCCGAAAUGCAGAACCGACUGGACACGACGGGUGGCCUCAAGUUGGAUCACUUUUUUGACAGCGACGUCGACCAGCAGAUGAAGCUGUUCCUGGAGCGAAACCGGGUGGAACAAAACCUCGGCCUGGCGGAUCUGAACGAAAUGGGGCCCAGCGAGCAGAGACAUCGGCGGGAGUUGGAUGAAGAUCUGGCGAUGUUGAAGUUCGACACACUCUUUCCACAGUCCCAAAGACAGUACGACGAUGCCGAACGCAGAGACGAGUAG